UUAGAAGGGAGGAGAAAUUUCUUUGAACAGUCGAUCGGGCUAUUAGUUUCGAGGAUGCAUUAUUCUUUCUUGGCUGUGCGGCUUGAAGUGAUCGAUGUUCGUUUUGCAUGCACAAUUGUGUCAGGAGCAAACGAGCCCGACACCUCGUAUCGUACGUAAGUAAAUACGAUACUGUUACGUUGGGAAAACCGAAGCCAGGGUUAUAUUUCCAGUGCUUUCUCCUGCAGUUGAAAGUAUUUCGAUCGAACUACCGCGUUCCGAGACGUAGAGAAAGUAAUUUGGGCAUUUUCUUACUUCUUUUUUAGUUGAUAGUUCCAUUUUAAUCUUUCUAACGUAGCCUUGUUCACGUUAUGUAAGUAUUUUAUUGUCUCAUAUGAGAAAAGAGUGAUAAAUCGUAGUGGGCACAAAUGAUUCAUUUGAGUUCUCUAUUUAUCGAUUUCGAUGAUCAACCGAUACUUGGAUCCAGCUAUCUACUCUCCGAGCUAGUGUGUAACUUGUGAUUAUGAUGUAUGUACGUUGAAUUUUUGUAACAGUUACGGCCAUAGGUAGACGGUAAAUGAAAGUUUAUUUUUUACCAGUAGAUUUAAGCAUGCUGCGAGGGCAAUCGGCCCCUCGAUCGAUGGGCGCGCGAACACGAUUUUGGGUGAUAUUUAAUUCGAGUUGCUAAGAAGGAAAUUUGUCAACAUGUGUUUUUCUCUGUCCUUCGGACAUUACGAUAAGUUAUUCGCGUUGCUCGAUGUUUAAUUCGUUUAGUCACGCGUAGCGGUGCGUAUUUUAGACUUAAGCUUUUUCAAAUUCGAUUUUCUGAUCUCAUUGAGUCUGUCUUUUUUUAUUACGAACGUUAACGCUGUUAACGAUUAAAGUAACAUUGAAUUUAGGAAACGUAGGAAGAGAAAUUUUGCUGAGACGUGCGGAACAAUUUCUCGUAAUGAGUCAUUUCUAUGUGAAAGGAUUCCCGGGAACGGAAGUCGUGAUGUAAUUAUAGUAUACAGACAACGAUUUGUUAACAUCGCUGUUACAUGCAAAUAAUGAAUUUGCAAGGUUUUUGUAAUUUCAGUCAGGCGAUGAUACAUGAUAUGUAUGUAUGUAUGUAUGUAUGUAUGUAUGUAUGAAUGUAUGUAUGUAUGUAUGUAUGUAUGUAUGUAUGUAUGUAUGUAGUACAUACUUCGCUUCUACGCAAUUAUGGCAGUUCCUCUAACGACUUCUUUUAGAUAAAAAUUGUAAAGAAUUUUUAUUGGCUUGUAAUAAUUAUUGAAUAGUUUAUGCGUACGUGUACAUAGUAUUGUAAUUCGCAAGUAAAUUAGAAAGAAUAAAAGUCGGAAAUUUUAUAUGUUAACACCUGUUCUACGUGAGGUAAAGUUUAAACCUGAAGUGCGAUUGGAGCUCGAGGGAAAUUGUGUAGAAUCGGAGGAAUACCGAUGUAAGGUGUUCGCCUUCUCUCUCUCUCUCUCUCUCUCUCUCUCUCUCUCUCUUACAUAGUCUACGCAGCAUGCGGCUUGCGUCCCCGUUCUCGAUCUGGUAUCUGGUCAAUCUGGUGUGAUCUGGUGGCAUCUACUGGCAUCUUCGGCUCGUGCGAUACCCCGGUCUUUAGUAUCAUUGGUAUCAUUGAGGAAUGAUGAGAAAGAAAUUCCUCAGAUCUUUUGUGUAGAGUGACUGAUGUGUCCAGAGUCUGAGCUACGUUUAAAAACUGAAAUGAACGAUAUACUUUGACUAACGAAUUGUGAUAUAAUUAACGUAAGUAACGUAAGUAACCUAUAACAGUCACACGUGUAUUAGACAAAUACUUUGAAUAAAAUAUCGCGGUAAACCUGUGCAAGUCGGAAAUGUAUUCUUUCAUCAAAGUGCGAAGUACACGACUGCAGCUUGUAUCUCGACGCGUGUUCACCGACUGCACAAAAUGCAAUAAAUCAAGAGAAUUUAAGUUUAUGGAUAAACUUAUAAAGAAAGGCCAGUCGAAGAGGGGUCCACUGGAGCCGUUGAUGAACUCUCACGGAGAACCAAAGACGCGUCUCUCGGUGCAUACACUGAGAAGAAUGACUGUGUUGAACCAAGUUUUCAUGGAGUAUAUUACGGAUAUCAUGUCCACUGGAGAGAUCGAGCCAGAGAUUCUGAAUAGGAAUAUGGAAAUCUCGCAUAUCAAAGUGACUCCAGAUUUUAAACUGUUGAACGUGUACUGGAUAGACCACGACAUGUCCACAAAGUAUUCAGACACGGAGGAGUUGCUCAAGAAGUGUGGCUUCAAGUUGAGGCAAGAGCUGUCCAAACUUCGUGUAAUAGGUCGCGUUCCUCCGAUUCAAUUUGUCAAAUGCAAAGGUGUCCAUCUAUUGAAGGAGGUAGAAGAAAAAUUGAGGCAAUUGGGCCUCAACGAAAAUCAUGUACCAAAUCCAUAUCCGGAUGUCUUGCGUCACACUGUUUCCGCGGCAAUGACUGUCGACGCUACUACUGCGGGAACAGAGAACGAUAAAAAUGGUGAAACUGCGGAGGUCUUCAGUGUGACUAUACCUGUAAUGAAACACGAUGUGUUCGGAUUAGAUCAUUAUCGGAUUAUGACGAAGAUAAAAGCUUCAUUGAAUGUACCGAAGAAAGCAGUGAAAAAUCUAGAGUCGGAUUCUCGUUUUAAAGUAAAAACAGAGAAUGUCUCGGAUUCCUUAACUGAGGAAGAGCAAAAGGAACAGUUCAUUAAAUUCUUGAAGCACAAGCGAAAGGAGCGAAAACUUAAAUUGAAGAAUCACAAAGAAUCACAAAUGUACGAUCUCGUAGAAGAUGAUAACGAUAACGAGGAUUACGAGAUCGACCACGACUACUUCUACUACAACGAGAAUGAUAAUUACGUUGACGACGAUGUCGACGAACGAUGUGACGAGGAGUUGAAUAAAAAACGUUAAUAAUGAA